UGCAUUCUGCGUUCGGCUGGCGUAGGACGCGCUUACCACUUGCUCUCGCUCUCGCUCACCGUAACGCGAUAUCCCUGGCGAAAGCGUAGAAGCGCGCCAAAAAAAAGCGCGCGCAAAAACAAAAAGCCAAGCUAACGGGACAAAAGUCGCGCGCGACUCGUAAGCUUGUUUACUUUGCCAUUAUAAAUCCGGCGGGCGCUUUGUUUGUGUUUGUGUUGAUGUUGCAGCAGCACCCAUUGCGAAUUAAUCUCAAAGUGAUUGGCUACUAGUUAUUAGCGAUAAACGAUAAGCGAUAAACGAUAUCCGAGAACAAUAAUCCACUAACGAUCUGCAGGCCGUGCAAUCUGCUUAAAAUGCUAAAAAUGCCGCUGCAGCUGCAGCUGAGCAGUCAGGAUGGCAUUUGGCCAACCAGAUCUCGACGUCUCCACCACCAGCAACUGGCUUAUCAGCAUCAGGACCAAGAGCAGCAGGAGCAGAAGCAGCAGCAUAAACAAAAGCAAAAUGGAGUGCACCAAGGACGUUCGCCGACAUUCAUGCCAGUGAUGCUGCUCCUCCUGAUGGCCACACUCCUCACGCGCCCACUGAGCGCCUUCUCCAACCGAUUAUCGGACACAAAGCUGCACGAGAUCUACCUGGACGACAAGGAGAUCAAGCUGAGCUGGAUGGUGGACUGGUACAAGCAGGAGGUGCUCUUCCACUUGCAGAACGCCUUCAACGAGCAGCACCGCUGGUUCUAUCUGGGCUUCUCCAAACGCGGCAGCUUGGCGGAUGCGGACAUUUGCUUCUUUGAGAAUCAGAAUGGCUUCUUCAAUGCGGUCACCGAUACGUACACCAGUCCCGAUGGACGCUGGGUGAGGCGGGAUUACCAGCAGGACUGCGAGGUCUUCAAAAUGGAUGAGUUCACGCUGGCCUUUAGGCGCAAGUUUGACACCUGCGAUCCCUUGGAUCUGCGACUUCAUGAGGGCACCAUGUAUGUGGUGUGGGCACGUGGUGAAACGGAACUGGCCCUGGAGGAUCACCAGUUCGCCCUGCCCAAUGUGACGGCUCCGCACGAGGCGGGCGUUAAGAUGCUGCAGUUGCUCCGCGCCGACAAGAUACUGAUACCCGAAACCGAGCUGGAUCACAUGGAGAUUACGCUGCAGGAGGCGCCGAUACCCAGCCAGGAGACCACCUACUGGUGUCACGUUCAGCGACUGGAGGGCAAUCUACGGCGUCGCCAUCACAUCGUCCAAUUUGAGCCGCUCAUCCGAACGCCGGGCAUUGUGCACCACAUGGAGGUGUUCCACUGCGAGGCCGGCGAGCACGAUGAGAUUCCCCUGUACAAUGGCGACUGCGAACAGAUGCCGCCGCGGGCCAAGGUCUGCUCCAAGGUGAUGGUCCUGUGGGCCAUGGGCGCCGGCACCUUCACCUAUCCUCCGGAAGCUGGUCUGCCCAUCGGUGGACCCGGCUUCAAUCCCUACGUUCGCCUGGAGGUUCAUUUCAAUAAUCCGGAGAAGCAGUCUGGCUUGGUGGACAACUCCGGCUUCCGCAUCAAGAUGUCGAAGACACUGCGUCAGUAUGACGCCGCCGUCAUGGAACUGGGCUUGGAGUACACCGACAAGAUGGCCAUUCCGCCCGGCCAAACGGCAUUCCCGCUAAGCGGCUACUGUGUGGCGGAUUGCACACGAGCCGCUCUGCCGGCGACGGGCAUCAUCAUCUUUGGCUCCCAGCUGCAUACCCAUCUACGUGGCGUCCGCGUCCUCACCCGUCACUUUCGCGGCGAGCAGGAGCUGCGCGAGGUGAAUCGCGAUGACUUCUACUCGAAUCACUUCCAGGAGAUGCGCACCUUGCACUACAAGCCACGUGUCCUGCCCGGUGACGCUCUGGUGACCACUUGCUACUACAACACCAAGGAUGACAAGACCGCCGCCCUCGGCGGUUUCUCCAUCAGCGACGAGAUGUGCGUCAACUACAUCCACUACUAUCCGGCCACCAAGCUGGAGGUCUGCAAGAGUUCCGUUUCCGAGGAGACGCUCGAGAACUACUUCAUUUACAUGAAGCGCACGGAGCAUCAGCACGGCGUGCAUCUGAAUGGAGCCAGGUCGUCCAAUUACCGGAGCAUCGAGUGGAGCCAGCCGCGGAUCGAUCAGCUGUACACCAUGUACAUGCAGGAGCCGCUGAGCAUGCAGUGCAACAGGUCCGAUGGCACUCGCUUCGAGGGGCGCUCCAGCUGGGAGGGCGUGGCUGCGACGCCAGUCCAAAUCCGCAUACCCAUUCACCGCAAACUGUGCCCCAACUACAAUCCGCUGUGGCUGAAGCCAUUGGAGAAGGGCGAGUGCGAUUUGCUGGGGGAGUGCAUCUAUUAGGCGCCGCACGUUAGGCAUUAGGCGAAUGGGGGCGUGGCAUAGCACACACACACACACACACACACACACACACACACAGACACAGAUGCACACAUACAGCACAUGCACCGUACAUACAGCACAUUAUGGAUAAUACAAGGAUUUCGAUUGCAACAGUCGCCUAUCCAAAAGCUGAAUGGGCAGGAAACAUCUUCUAUUUUGAAGGUUCAACUCAUGAAAACUCUUCAAUUCUUUAAGCACUUUUUUUUGCAGAAAUAGCUCAAAAAUAGCUGAAAAAUAGCUCAAAAAUAGCUUACAAAUAGCUAAAAAAUAGCUGAAAAAUAGCUGAAAAAUAGCUGUAUAAUAAACUUAACUUAAUUUUAAAAUUUUAUUCCCAUUUGUUUAGUUCAUUAAGUAAAAUUGCUUUAAUUUGUUAAAAAGCGAACUAAAUGUAACUAAUUAGCGAAAUGUUUUCUGUUGGCUUUACUUUGAAGUUGGCAACAGAAAUCAGAGGUAACACUGUAACGUGUAUAACCCUGAAAGCUCUUUACGCCUUAUGGAAGUUCGACUGUAGUCGCUUUGUAUUUACCCUUUCAUGGUCAUUAGCAUUAUCAUUGCCCCUUUUUUCUGUAAGCUUCUCUGUGUGUGUUUGUGGGUGUGUGGGUGUGGGUGUGUGUGUGUGUGCGCGUUUGUAAGGGCAGGAGGGCAAAACAAAUGUUUUCACUCUUUAAAUAACUAAUGCAUUUACCAAUCCCAUGCCCAUGCUGUACACCCUUUUACAUUCACUUUUGAAUCACUUUUGCUCUCGCCUUUGACUUUGUUUGUGCCCUUUGCCCGUGUUGUUUUUUGGCCAGCCUUUGAAAUUUGCCGACUGACAGCGCCGCCAGGCUAAAACGUUUAAUACAAAACAGCUUACAAAGCAUGGCCCACAGACAAACACACACACACACACAUAUAUAUAUACGCACAGAAACACACACACACAAGCGCACUGAACUUGGCUGAGACGAAAAUGUAGCAUACUUCGCAGCGCCAGCUGAAAAAUUAAAUGGCCAACUGACUGAAUGAAGGAACGGAAGGGAACGGAACGGAACGGAACGGAACGGAACGUACUUAAACGGACAAACUGGCCGGAAAGAAAGAAACAAGAUGGCCAAGAAACUCUCACUGUUUAUACAAUAUAAAUGAGCAAACUUUUGAUGCAACCCGACGUUGCCAAGUCUAAUUACCAAGAAGCUCGAGGAAAAACGGAAAAAAUCUGAACAAAAAACUAAAGGAAAUAAAUUGGUAUGGGAUCUUAUUGGAAAUGUGGAAAGUUGACAGAGGGGGUUGUGAGGGGUGGGGAUCAUGGGACAUGGUAGAUGGGCUACCAGCAGCCAGGAGCUUACCACAUGCACCCAUGUGUUUCCUUUACAAAAGGAUUCCCCUUUAAAUCCAACUCUAUCAGUCCUUCAAUCAUUUCUUACUUUUCACUACACAAAUGCACCCACACACACAUACACACAUAAAUUCACACACGCAUCACACACACGCACAUACAUUUGAGUAAACAUGUAAUGGAUACGUUUAAGUGUAGCCAACAUACAUAUAUGUAAGAUGUGAUAAUUGUUCUAUGGCUAUAAAUGAAAUAUAUAUACACAUGAAUAUAUAAACUAUGUAGAUGAAAUAUUUAUAAAAAAAACAAAAACCAAGCGAAAGCGAAAACCAAAAAAAAAAGUAAAAUGUAUAAUUAUCUAAUAAAAACUGACCACCAUACCAGAAA